GGGAGAGAAGGACAGAGAGGGCGAAUUAAAGCGAAAAGAUACAGAGUUCUUAGGACAGAGAGAAGAGAAGCGAAGGGAACGGAGAGAAGUCUGCAGUUGUGGUCCUGACGUCCGUGUCGUUCCUCGUCCCCGGAGCCACUGAUCCAGAGAAGAUGGAAACCGUAACAUUUCCCCCUGGCUGAGGACAGUGCAUAUCAUUCAACUUAAACGUUUUACAUCUUCUCAGUAUGAAGGUGAUACAGUGGACAGUGCUUACACUCAGUCUGUGUGGGUGCGAAUGGGUGGGCUCUGUCCCACUGGCUCCGCCCAGUAGCUCAGUAACACCUGAAAAUCCUUCCUCUGCUACGCCCACAGUGGAUGAGAGUGCAAGACUAGUGGAUUGGCUUAUGAAGUAUGGCUACCUGCCUCCUCCUGACCCCUCCACGGGGCAGCUUCAGGCCUGGAGCGCAGUCACACGCGCUCUGAAGGCCAUGCAGAGAUUUGCUGGAUUACACGACACUGGCUCAUUGGAUGAGGAGACGCUGAGACUGAUGCAAACACCACGCUGUUCACUUCCUGAUGAUGAAAGCAGUCAGAUCCCUGAGUCAGACCCAGACACUGAGCAUCAAGGCCAGAGGGUGAAGAGAGCCGUAUCGAGCUGGGCUCAGAGAAACAUCAACUGGAGAUUGCGCACAUACCCUACCUCCUCUACCCUGUCCCAUGAGCUGUUCCGUUCUCUUGUCUUCUAUGCUCUGAAAGUGUGGGCAGAACCAACAGCUCUUGAGUUUCAUGAGGUUGGAGCACCAGAAGGGGCGGAUCUCCUGAUUGAUUUCUUGCAUGGUUCACAUGGUGAUGGAUACCCUUUUGAUGGGGUGGGUGGAGCUGUUGGCCACGCCUUCUUUCCUUCUGACCCAAACAGAGCAGGUGAAGUUCAUUUGGAUGCAGAGGAAGAGUGGGCAUUCAGACGGCCAGCCUCUGAAGGCACGGAUGCGUUCACAGUGCUGGUGCAUGAGCUCGGCCAUGCUCUAGGACUCUCCCACUCUUCUGCACGAGGAUCUGUUAUGAGGCCAUAUUACCAAGGGCCCAUGGGAGAUCCUCUCCACUUCAGCCUGGGAUCUCCAGACCGAGAGCACAUCAUCACUCUCUAUGGAAAGCGGGGUGACCAUCUACAGACAGACAGUCAUCCUCUCGAGGCAGAAGCUGAACUGAAGCAUUCACGGAAAGGCACACACAGACUCACACACAAGCACCGACACACCCACAGUCACCUGGACAGUCCUUCUGUGGAUCGCUGCAAGACCAGUUUUGAUGCAGUUGCUAAAAUCAGAGGGGAGACGUUUUUCUUCAAAGGUCUGAGUAUGUGGAGGGUAAACAGAGGAGCUCUGGUCUCUCGGAGAGCCGUGUCCAUGCGCAAACUCUGGGCUGCUCUGCCCACAUCUCUGCCCCCGCUGAGGGCCGUACUGGAGAGGCAAGAGGAUCACGCCAUCAUUUUCAUCAGCGGUUCUCAGUUCUGGCUGUUUAAGGGUCUGGCUCUGCAGGAUGGUUUCCCCCAGCCGCUGUCUGCUCUGCAUCCCACAAGCUCGGAUGGAGAGAAACACGGUGUGCACUGGGACCCUGAAAAAGGAGUGGUGUGGGGGUCAGGAGGAGAGCAAGGAGAGAGUGGUCAGGUGUGGAUAGAGCUCAUUGAAGGAGGAGUGAACGGAAUUAUUACAGAGAAUAAUGGUUCUCUCUUCCUCUUCAAAGGCUCUCACUACUGGAAAUUUGCCCACCCAGGCUCCGCCCCUGAAGAGGGAUUUCCCCGACCUGUGGCCUCAGACUGGUUGAACUGCCCUGACCCCUCCCCUCAUCACCCUGGUGAUAUCUCUCUGACGUCCAUUGUUGGUCAGCAGGAGCUUCAAGACAGAAAAGAGGAAGGAGUAUUGGAGCAGAUCCAGCACAGGAACAAAACCACAACGAGACAUACAGAGGAUCCUCAGGACUGUCCCUGCUCCAAGAGCUCAUCACCAGCUAACACGAGUCUGCAUUUGCUGAUGAUGAGCCUGCUCUUACACACUCUGACUUAUCAGCCAUCCGUAUCACUUUUCACGACACGCUCACAUCCUGUUCACCUUUAGAUAUUUUUUUACCUUGUUUUUUUUUCUGGUUUAUUCUACUGUCCAGUUUCAGUGAGCCUGUGCCCACUGGAGCCUACUGUAUGACAUGUUUUGUGUCUUGUAAUGCUUUUCAGCUCACCACAGUUGUAACAAGUAGCUAUUUGACUUAAGUCAGCUCAAAUCAGUCUGGACGUCAUCCUCUUACCUUUCCUUUGACAUGUUAUCUGUACUAAAUGUCUAUCACUGGCACAACUAUCAAUUAAGUAUGAAAGAAAUCAUCGCUAGAACAUUUCUGUAACCCACGCUGUUACAAC